GUCCAAGCAGAAGGCGUACAUGUUAAACCUCCAAAUAGCCAAAAACGAGAAAAUAAAUGUUAAGGGUUGUAAUUUUUACUAUGCUGAUGAGGAAGGAGAGCAAAAUGAAAAUUCCUUAGAAAAGAGUGUCAAUGUAAAGUAUAAAAAUGUGUGCAGUGUAGAUGUGCACGCGAAUGACGUUGUGUCCCUUAGGUGCAGAGUUCACAACAGGUACAGUAACGUCGUUGUUAAUCCUGCCCUCUGCUUUCACGUAGUUUUAAAUGAUAAUAAUAAAGAGGUGCAAAUUUCCGGAGUAUUUAAUGGAGCUAAGGUUAUACCCAGACUAGCCACCUACGUCCAUGAUCCUAUGAUGCCCAAAUUUUUGUCUUACCUGGUGGUUCCCCCUCAAAUAAACGAGACCCUAAAAGUGCAUUGCAGCUGCUCCAUUACAGACAAUGUGGAGGACAUCUCCUACACAGGAACCAUCUCGUUGAAUUUUAUAAAAACGGAUAAGCUGCACCCCGUCAUGGAGGAAAAUGAUGCCGAAUAUAGUAACAGGUGGAAGAACAGAAUAAAUGGAAACGAGGGGGAGGACGGCGGGAACAGAAACAAUUUGGCACCGCGGUACGGCGAGAACGACGCCAGGUCCUCUUCCGUGGUGACUGGGCUCUUGGCCGUGUUGCUCCUCUGUUUGUUUUAG